AUGGGAAACUGUCUAUCUGCACCAGCCCCAGACGAGCUACACCCAUCCGCAAAUGACGAGAAGCCUCCUGUCUACGUGGAGAAAUCUAUCCCAUCGCUGCUCCAUGAAUUCGAGCAAGGAAUGUUGGAAGUCGAAGAUUUCAAGUUUGAUGGGCACCCUCUUGUUAUUGAACACAUGGACGAGGACGUCAGGCAGAGCUUCGGUGAGCUGUAUGGGGGGCGUCAAUGGCCCCCGACGGCCCUGUGGGUAGAGAUAUUUGACGAAAGAUGGAAGUCAUUUCGAGAGUCGAAGGAAAUUUAGAUAUAGUACUUCGGCAAAGUAUGAGCGUGCUCAUGCCCAUGACCAAUGUUCCAACACUCGACGUGAACCUUUUUCUUGAUGGGGGGGAUUUCCGUCUCGAAAGAGCGAAACUUUGCCAUUGCUCUCGGAAAAUUGGUUCAUCGAAACGUUUGUUGGCGAGACUUAUUCGAAGGAUGGAACGCAAAAAACCACUUGGAGUGUUUCCUAGACAAGGGAAAGACGUGCGCUGCUCGUGAAGCCAUAAUCAUUAGAGUAGAUUCCACAAACAGUGAGGGAUCAGAGACAGAGGACACAGACACAGACACACCUGAAGGAAGAGAGGAGACUGAAGCAUCGAUAUUAGUUGGGAUAUCAGGGAUUGUAGCACUGAAAAGAACC